UGUAAGCAAAACUUCGUAAACACACAGAGCGCUGUUUGAGAUAAUAAUUCAAAUAUCUUUAUCAGGAGGCUGUAUUUUCCACCGCGAAAUCAUUUCCGAUAUUGGAUAGACACGUUGAUUUUGUUAUUCGUUGAUGCAAAAAGUUUUUGAGAUUCAAUUUUAUUUUGCAUGAUUUUUACUCAAUAUUGUGGGAGGAAUCGUAGCGUCGACGAUUGCACACACCAUUGCCCGAGUCUGAGGCGGUACUUGAAACCUAACGGACGGAGGUAUCUGGUAAAAUGGCUAUACAACUCCUGCAGGAGGCAUAUACGAAAUUUCAGGAAGUGAAGAAGAAUAAUUUAGCUGGUGCACUGAUGGCGGGGGCAAUUGCCAUUGUGGCAGUCCUAUGGGUUUUUCUGCAAGCUGCAGGAAUCUUAGGACAUCCACAGGCGAUACAUGACGAGAGGAUCUCUCUAUAUUUUCAGUCGCAUGGAUUUGGCGACUCGAAAAUAAACAGACCUCUCCUUCUCAACCCCGAGGACGUUGAGACCUCAAAUCUUCCAGAAGUGACUGAGAAUGCUUUGAAUAACUCCGUUAACUAUGGAAUUACACUGUCUGAACGAAUUGCUAGAUUAGAAAAAAACCUAGUCAAUGCUGGGAUUGGAUUGACUGAUGAUACACCCACUCACUCUCAGUAUUUAUAUGCGUCUCCAACUGAAGAUGCACUUGAUUUGCAAUUGGAGGCGGAAGUUGUUGCGAAGGCUUCAAUGUAUCUCGUUCAACAUUUUUGCCAAAGAUUUGGUGUAAGUGACGAAGCAUGUGCUCGCUUCGUGUCGGCAUACAAACUACAGGGUACAACCAUUGGAGAAUCAUGUGCUUCAAAGCAAAGAGUGUCUUGCCGAGCGAACGCUCAUUAUCGUACUAUUGAUGGAUCUUGCAAUAACCCUGAGAACCCACGAUGGGGCAGUGCACUGACUGCCUACUCGAGAAUCCUAUUCCCCUCGUAUGCAGACGGAAUUGAACGCCCAAGGAGUGCUUCACAGAAGCCCCACUCACUGCCUGGAGCCAGAGUAGUCAGCACGAGUCUAUCAAGAACUACUGAUCAAUCUGACGUCUCCAGGACACUCGCUGUCAUGCAGUGGGGACAAUUCAUUGCUAAUGAUAUGGCUCAUACCGUUGUACGGAAAAUGGUUACAACGAAGGAGCCCAUUUCCUGUUGCACCUCAGAUGGAAAUUUCCUCGCCCCUCGUCACAUCCAUCCACACUGUGCACAUAUACACGUACCUAAGGAGGAUCCGGUCUAUGGACAGCACCAACAACGUUGCAUGAAUUAUGUUCGAUCGUUGCCGGUGGUUAAAACCGACUGCAGUUUCGGACCCAUCGAGCAGAUGAAUCAAGUAACCCACUUCUUGGAUGGUUCAACCGUCUAUGGAGCUGAUGAUGAUAGAGCUGAGGAAUUGAGAACAUUCCAAGGUGGAAAAUUACGUGUUGAUGAUCAGAAUGGACUUUCUUACUUACCAAAGGCUGGAAACAAUACAUUCGUUGAUGUUUGCGAGGAUCCUGACAAUUGUUAUAAAGCCGGUGACGCUCGAGUGAAUUUUGAACCUCACUUAGCCGUAAUGCACACAAUUUGGCUGCGUGAACACAACAGAAUAGCAGAGAAGCUCUCAAAAAUAAAUCCAACCUGGUCAGACGAGAAAUUAUACCAAGAAAGCAGACAAAUUGUCAUCGCCGAAAUUCAACACAUCACCUACAAAGAGUGGCUUCCAACUAUUCUGGGAAAGAAAUACGCCCGUGCCCUUGGUUUUGUUUCGAGUAUCGAGCAGGGUAGAAUAAGUUACAACUCGUACGAGGAUCCAGCUGUGAGCAACGAAGCCUCCACAGCUGUUCUGAGAUUCCUCAAUUCAUUGAAACGAAGCCAAUUGAGUAUGACUGAUGAUGAGAGACGCAACAAUGGAUCUCUGAAAUUAUCCGAGCAUUUCUAUAAACCAAGAGUCAUAGAGAAUGAAGGAACUUUUGAUGGUCUUCUCCGUGGUUUGACUAGUCAGACUUCUGGCAAGAUGGAUAUGAAUUUUGUACCUGAUGUGACUGAAAGUCUCUUCAGAACGAAUAAAAACGUAUUGGGCCUCGAUAUUAUCAGUCUAGAUAUCCAACGUGGCCGUGAUCACGGUCUUCCUGGUUACAAUCAUUAUCGCAAAUACUGUGGACUUCCUUCGGCAAAAACCUUUGACGAUUUUCUCGAUCAUAUUCCACGAGAGAUCGUGAAAAAAUUACAAGGGCUUUAUAAUCACCCAAGCGACGUUGACCUCAUCGUCGGUGGUAUGGUGGAAAAGCCUGUCGAAGACAGCAUUUUGGGACCGACAUUCAGAUGUUUGUUAUCUGAACAAUUCGCCAGAACUCGAUGGACUGAUCGUUAUUUCUAUGAUUCCAUGGCACAGCCCCGUCCAUUCACAAAUGAACAAUUAACUCAAAUACGUCGUGUGACGUUGGCCAGAGUCAUCUGUGACAAUAGCAAUAAUAUAUCCCGAAUGCAACCAAAUGCAUUUCUACGUAUUAAAGGGGGAAAUGAAUUGGCUUCGUGCACUGAUUUUGAAGCAAUUCCAAGUGUCGAUCUGUUUGCCUUUGCCGAGAAAGACAAGGCGUAUCGUUGAACAAUUUUUCUUCUCAACUAUCAAUGAACCUGGCGGAUGAAUAUCCAGACUUGGUUUCAGCACCGAGACCAGGGUAGUGAUUAAGGGGCGAUAAUACCACAUCAAAUGAUCAUUGGGCGUCCAACAUAUUGAAGAAUAGCUCAGUGACAACGGCUUAUAAUUAUAUAUUGUUCGUAGUUUCUAUGUAAUUUGAGGCAGGAAAACGAUCUGUGCAACGAGAGAUACUACAAAAUGGAAAUUCUUCAAAUGCUCUAUUUAACAAAAGUGUUCAACGGGAAUUGAUCCUUCGCAGAUUAAAUUAAUCACUGUUCCAGUUUUCUCAAAGAUUUAUCCAAUAGACUGUGUAUCAUCUAAAUGAUGGCAUUAGGUACAACACUUACUAUUUAAGACAUUGAUUAUCGUUAUAAUGAUACUUAUUGAAAUACAGAAUUUUUUUAUGAAAGAA